AUUAAGUUCUAGUCUUUAGCGGGCGCAGCUCCGAACGCCUACCGCUGUAUAGUUCGUCUCUGGGUUAAUUACCGAUUGAUUUUACGUUUUUAUACCGUCUGGCUGCAAAUUCAGGCAAAUUUCAUGGCGUCUUUCUUGAUGCUUAAAAGAUGUUUCUAUAGAAACCUUGCACCUUCAUUUCAUUUCAUAAAAGUCCAUAGACCAAUGGUACAGCAAAAAUGUUUCCUAACUGGGACUGGUAUCACAAGAUAUUCCUCAUCUCAUGACUACGUUAUUUGUGGAGCUGGAUCGGCUGGUUGCGUUCUUGCCAAUCGUCUAUCAGCUAGUGGUGAAAACAAAGUUCUUCUUCUUGAAGCCGGACCAAAAGAUUGGACGUGGAAGAUCCACAUGCCAGCUGCUCUUAUUUAUAAUCUUUGCGACAAUAGAUAUAAUUGGUAUUAUGAAACAGAACCUCAAGAGUUUAUGGAUAAUAGGCGGAUCUAUCAACCCAGAGGGAGGGUAUGGGGUGGAUCCUCAUCCCUUAAUGCAAUGGUGUACAUCAGAGGCCAUGCUUAUGAUUAUGAUCGCUGGGAGAAGGAAGGUGCAGAAGGAUGGUCAUAUGCAGAUUGUUUGCCAUACUUCAGGAAAUCUCAGACUCAUGAACUAGGUUCAGAUGAUUACAGGGGGGGUGGUGGACCUCUUCAUGUAUCCCGUGGUAAAUCAAACAACCCUUUGUACCAAGCAUUUAUCGAUGCAGGUGUUGAAGCUGGCUAUCCCUUCACAGAUGACAUGAAUGGCUACCAACAGGAAGGGUUUGGAUGGAUGGACAUGACAAUUCAUAAAGGAUUCCGGUGGAAUACAGCGAAUGCCUACUUGAGGCCUGCACUGAGGCGUAAAAACCUUCGCACAGAGACAAGAACACUGAUAACUAGAUUAGUAUUUGAAAAGAAUCGUGCAUCAGGUGUUGUCUACCACCAGGGCAGUCAUGUGAAAUGUGCCCAGGCCAGAAAGGGAGUUAUCUUAACCUCUGGUGCAAUUAAUACACCUCAGAUCCUAAAUCUGUCAGGUAUAGGAAAUGCAGAUGAUUUAAAAAAGCUUGGUAUUCCUGUGAAUGUUCACCUUCCUGGUGUAGGGCAAAACUUUCAAGAUCAUUUGGAGAUGUAUUUCCACCAGGAAUGUACACAACCUUUAAGUUUGUACCGCUCUCUCAAAUGGUGGAACAUGGUUCCAAUAGGUGUCAGAUGGUUCCUCACUCGGACAGGACCAUGUGCCACUGCACAUCUAGAGGCUGGUGGCUUCAUUCGCAGCAGGGAGGGAAUGUCACAUCCAAAUAUCCAGUACCACUUUCUACCCUCUGCAUUUAAAGAUCAUGGUAGAGUGACAGUAGAAAAAGAAGCUUUUCAAGUCCAUGUUGGCUCCAUGAGGGCAACAAGUCGUGGGUAUGUGAAGAUCAAGUCAACCAGUCCCUAUGACCAUCCAAUCAUCCAACCCAACUACCUGUCUACUGAAGAGGAUAGAGUGGAGUUAAGAGAUAGUAUUAAACUUACGCGUGAGGUAUUUAGCCAAAAAGCUUUUGAUCCAUUUCGUGGAAAAGAACUACAGCCAGGUGACAAUGUCCAAACUGAUGAAGAAAUUGAUGCUUGGGUACGACAGAAUGCUGACACUGCUUAUCACCCAUCAUGCACCUGCAAAAUGGGCUCUGAAGAUGACCCAAUGGCCGUUGUCAACAACAAAACAGAGGUGUUUGGAGUGGAGAAUUUGAGAGUUGUUGAUGCAUCAAUCAUGCCAAGUAUUGUUAGUGGAAAUCUCAAUGGACCAACUGUUAUGGUUGCAGAGAAGGCAGCUGACAUCAUCCUGGGAAAUCCUCCAUUACCCAAAUCAGAUGCACCAGUUUACAAGACACCAGAAGUAGGCCAGAGAUAAUAAUGUUAUUCACUGGUGUGAUAACUACAGAUAUAGCACCCAGAUGUGAUUUCAACAUGCCUGUGUAAGACUUAUCACAAGUAGAGAUGAUUACCUCAAAGUUUAAAGCAAGUCAGGCAGUUUUAAAAACUCUCAGGAGUCAAAAGUUACAGACUGCAAAAUAAUAGCUUUCAAUGAAAAAUGAAAACAAUAAGGUACUGUUAAUUAUUUAUUUGAAGCAACAGUUGUUGUCACCAUGUGGAAGAUGCUUGGGUACCCUGUGGUGACUUCAGUAAUUUCAGUAGCACAGCAGUUGGUUACUCUGAAGUACAUGUAUUUUAAGACUUCUACCAAACACAUGCAAAUUUGGCCAUACCAUUGCAAUGUUAUGUUUUAUUGAACUAUUUUGAUUGUCUUUUUCAUUAUGUUCAUUUAAAGAUCAGUAGGUUGCAAAAUUUGAGUUACAAGUAAUUAAUUUUUCUUUUGCAUCCCGACACAUAUUAAUUUUUCUCUGGUGAUUGUGCAUGUCUACAAGACUCCUUUAACCAAAAGGAACUUUUUGGGGGUCCAAGGGUGUGCUCUCCGACAUAAUUUCCAGGCAAUUGGCUGUGGAACUAUUGACAGGGAAAACUUGAAUAAAGUUUGCAACAAUGUUGAAUACUUCAAAGACA